GAGAGAGACGAGAGAGAGAGAGAGAGAGAGAGAGAGAGAGAGAGAGACAAGAGAGCGCAGUAGCCUUCCCUUCAAGUUAUUUUCUCCAGCUUGAAUUCAGAGGUAUAUUUUUUAAUUCGUGAAAACAUUUCUAUCUACAGCUGCCUUUCAGCUCAGCAGAGGUCAUCUUACUACUUCAACUCUACUGUCUCAUCGGACCCCCUCCCUCCCUCCCUCCGUCCCUCGCUGACUGCUGGCCCGAUUUGCUGAUUUGCCUCCCGGGGAUCUUCCCGGGAUCAGAAGAGGUUGCCGAGCGUCCAUCGAACGGUGGAGUGGUCAGAGGCAGCCCGAGUCGUCAUGGCCAUGUCCCAGGAGCAGAGUGUGUGUCUGGGGCUCUGGAUGCUCCUCCUGCUUGGUGCAGGCAUGAAGGAAUCAGUGGAAGGAUGUAGCUGCAACCCAGCACACCCACAGCAGUUGUUCUGCAGCGCUGAGAUCGUGAUAAGGGCAAAGAUCUCCGGAGAGAAGAUCGUUUCACCUAGCAACAGCUCCUCGCCAUACAUGAAGAUGAUCCAGUAUGAAAUCAAAAUGAUCAAGAUGUUCAAAGGUUUCGACAAGGCCAAGGAUAUCCAGUAUGUGUACACUCCGGUCUUCUCCUCACUGUGUGGAGUCAAACUGGACUCCAACAAUAAAGCAGGGUAUCUUCUCUCAGGGAGUAUGUGGAGUGAUGGGAGGAUUUCUAUUGGCCAAUGUGACCUGGUGGAGUCGUGGGACAACUUAUCACUGUCGCAGAAGAAGAAUCUCAACUACAGAUACCAGAUGGGCUGUGAAUGCAGAAUCAACACCUGUUACACAGUGCUGUGUGCGUCUACAGGAGAAAACGAGUGCUUGUGGACUGACUGGCUGCUGGAUAACAGCCUUAAUGGGGAGCAGGCUCGGCAGUACGCCUGCAUCCGCCGCUCCGACACAACCUGUAGCUGGUACAGGGGCGGACCGCCACCUGAGAAAGACUUCCUGGACAUGACCGACCCUUGACCUUGUAAUUUGACUCCUGCAACGCCUUUCGUGCUUCGGCUUCCGUGGCUCAAAUUUGGCAAUUUCACUGUAAAAAAAAAAUUGGCUGAUUUUUACAUUCAAGGAAGCUUAACUCACCGCUGGGCUUCCGUUAGCAGAGUUCAAGUGGAUUCUACAGCAAUGCUAGGAAAAGUCUUUUUAUGUGCAGGGGCUUUCAGCAGCCCACUGAGUCAUUUUUUUGCUCUCACACAUUCCACUUCACUUGAUAUUCUUUUAUAUAUAUCAGCAGACCAUCCACUGAAACCCAGAGUGAAUCUGCUUUGUAUCAUCUCUGUAGACAAUGCAUAACCUUUACAGAGGAAAAAAAAUGAGAACCUCAUAUUUUUGUAUCCAUAACUUAUAGGAAUAAGUUAUGUAGUAAUUUCAUCAUCAUCGUCUUCAACCGCUUAUCCGGGGUCGGAUGUAGUAAUUUAGACUAUACAUUAACUGGAAGAAGUUUCAGGAAGUUGGACAAUUACUAGUAGUACAAAAAAAAAAAAGAUGCCAACGUCUGCCACAGCCCUGCAUUGUAAAGUGUACUUUACAUAAUCAAAAAAAAAUUUGCAGGUAGCCAGCAGCACUGCCACCUUUUCUCUUCACAUCCUGGUGUUGAAUUUUUACCUUUAUAUAUAAUGGAAUAAGUGUCCCAUGCAAAUGAAAAUGCACUGCCCAUACUCAACACAUAGCAACACCAGACAUUUCCCCCCAAUUAUAUUAUAAUAAUUAUAUUUUGACAUAAUUCUUGUCCAUCUAAAUCGUAAAAAAGUGUUAACUCUCAAAUUUCUGAGACUGUAAAUAAUGUACUUCAGCGACAAUUAACGUUUUAAAGGCUAACCGGAUCUUGUCUUAUAGAGUAUAGAGGUUUUUAUCUCGUGGUUUUGUGUGUUUAGUUUCCUUGGUUAAACUCUCUACUAUUUCCUGUGCCAAAAAAUCUAAUCCAACGCUUAAACAACAGCACUGCCACCUGUAGAAGCCAAGCCCCCUCUCUUUAGAGAAACUGAUGUAACAGGACACGGUUCAAUUCACCGCACUUAACUCCUUCAGAGCGGGAAGGGGGAGUUCUCCUCAAGGUUCAAGUUCAAGAACACAUUGUCAACACUUUGGCACAAAGACAUUAACCAACAAAAAAAGAGAGAAAUAACUCGCAAUGAAUGAGCUAUAGUUGAUGAUUGAUGACAGGGAUGCAAACAACUCGCUUUUCAGCAGGGGAGGCUGAGAACCUUCUUGACGACAGUGGUACUUCUGUCACAUGAGAGAGCUGCAUUCAUCAAAACAAGUCCACUCAGCUGUCAGGACCUGUUGCGAGGAGCUCACAUUACAUCGCGUGGUUGUUUAUACGAGUCUCGUUGGACUGCGCCUGACACAGCAGCAAACACAACGCUCUCUCUCCGCACUGAUGAUAUGGAAAAUUAGGGAUCAAGAGCCAUUUGUUUGACGUCAGUAACGUUACCUUCUUCCCGACAAUUACAACACAAGUUGAGCUCCUUCCCAUUAGUCCUUGAUUGCUCUGUUUUUUCUUUGUUUGCAAAAAUUAUAUUGGCAAGGCUAAAAGGGCCGUAGCCUCGACUUAAUCAAACAAUGCUCUGGGAUUUGUGAGAAAUUCACGAGACAAACGGUGAAGACAUUUAGCUGAAAGGGACCAAUGUUACUCAUGAUGUAGUUGAACUGAACGCUCGUUACCGAAGCCUGAUUAUGUCACUUGAAAAGCAGGCAAAUGUCAAGCACCCUGAAAAGGACACGAGCUGAACUGGAAUCACCUUGCGACAGUUUUUCUGUUAGUAGUUGUGGUUAAAUGUCAUGUCUGUCUUUUAAUUGAUCAAACAGCAGUUGCAACAGCUGUAAAGAGCAAAAAACGAAUUCAUUUUUACCUGCUGCCCCGGUCUCCCCCGCCUCCACGUCGCCCUGUCACCUUUUUUCUCCCCUGAUGAGUUUGCAUCCCUGGAUUUAAGUGUUAUCUUCAUUGGCCUUCUUUAAUAUAAAGACUCCAUUACCGAAAUCUGAAUUGACCCCUGUCUUGUUUCUGGAUUACUUCAGUGAAGUCAUACAGAUUGAAAUGCAUUAUCGCUUAUUAUGUUAACGCAUUAGCCACUAUGUAAAGAUCAUUACAUAUUCAACAAUAAAAUAGUUUACUAUAGCAAUAAUAUUUCCGAAAGACUUCAUGACCGAUAUGAUCGUAAUGCAUCAUAACUGUAUGGCUUUAGUAAAGUGCUAUCAAACUAUUUCAUGUUUGUUUUAUAAUGAACAAAUUGUUUUGGCUUGUAUUUAUGUCUCUGUUUCUGUCUAAAUAGAGUUUUAUAUUUCCAUGUACCAAAAAAGAUUGUAUAUAAAAUGUCUCGAUGGUAUUUCA